AUGCUCAACAACAAACUCGGCGGUGACAUCAACAAGGUCAACCAACAAUGAGUGCGAGAUCGAUGGCAUACCUGUGUAUAUGUGUCUGUGUGUGUGUGUGUGAUGGUCAGAUUCGCAAGACGGGCGAGUACUUUAUUGAGGUGUGGAAGGCCGCCGGCAUGGACAUGAGCAACGUCAGGUCAGACAGACAGCAAAGAGGGAGCGAGCCGUGUGUGUGACUGUGCCCCCUGGCGGCUUGCAGGUUUCUGUGGGCGUCAGAUGAGAUCAACAAGAACUCCAAUCAGUACUGGAUGCGCGUAGUGGACAUCGCCAGGAAAUUCAACAUCACACGGUCACCUCCACAAACCGCCGCACACACCACAUGACAUGUCGGAAGUGGACUGUCUGUGUGUAUCUGUGUGUGUGCAGGAUCAAGCGCUGCGGUCAGAUCAUGGGCCGCGGCGAGGGCGACGACCAGCCGUCCGCACAAAUCAUGUACCCAUGCAUGCAGGUACACUCUCACUCUCCCACGCACACACAUGCCCACGUAUGCCCACCAUCCCUCCUCGCCUGUCUGUCUGUGUGUUUGUCAGUGUUCGGGCAUCUUUGAGCUGAAGACGGAGAUAUGUCAGCUGGGCCUCGACCAGCGCAAGGUCAACAUGCUGGCAAGAGAGUACUGCGACGGGCUCAGGAUGAAACACAAACCCAUCAUACUCUCACACGGCAUGCUGCCAGGUCCGUCUACCACUCACUUAGCCGCCUCAUGCGGUCUGCCGCAUCGCACCCCUCGUGUGUUGCCGUGUGUGUGUGUAUAGGGUUGCUGGAGGGCCAGGAGAAGAUGUCCAAGUCUGAUCCCGACUCGGCCAUCUUCAUGGAGGACCUGUCGGCCGACGUCAACAGGAAGAUCAAAAAGGCCUUCUGCCCACCACAGGUACGAUGGACACUCGGCACCUGCGUCUGUGGAUGGAUGGAUGUGUGUGUGUGUAGGUGUUGGAGGGCAACCCGUGCAUGUCGUACAUCGAGCACAUGGUCUUCCCCAUGUACGGCGAGUUCCGCGUCGACCGUCGCGACCAGGACGGCGUCUUUCGCACAGUGCUCCGAAGACUACCUGGUGACACCAGCAGGACCAUGACCAUGAAGGACCACGCGGACCAGAAGUCAGCGGCGCGCCACCACGGGUGCUCGCACCACGGCCAGCAGCAGCCGUGGAUGGUGAGCUCGUCGACCACGAAAAGGAGAGACGGAAAGGAGAGACGAUUGAGAACAACAAAAUUGACGCCAGCAGAUCCAUAAAGGCGC